AUGUACUACUUACCAGUCGUUGCCGCUCUUGCUUCCUAUCUCGUCCUCGUACGAGUGCUGCGCUAUCGUCGUCGUGAUGAGAUUCAAAGCAAAUUUGCGUACAAGACGCGGGAGGAAAUGGCAGCCAUGUCACUUUCAGAUGCGUCUGCGGUUGUACGCAAACUCUCACAGAGAGAGUUCCCCACUAUGUUCUAUACAUCAGUAUCAUUUGCCCUGUUCAUGACUUAUGGCAUCCCAACUAUCUCCAAGCUUCUUGUUGCAACCAGCCAGCUCUCUGGAGAUGCCACCGCGUCCAAGCGCCGUACAGAUACCGGUGUUCUCAUGACAGAAAUCAUACACAACGAACCAAAAUCCCACCGAAACAUUGAUGCUAUUGCCCGGGUUAACUUUCUCCACGACCGUUGGCGAAAGGCCGGUAAGAUCUCAAACGAUGACAUGCUUUUCACUCUGAGCCUGUUCGCUCUCGAGCCAGUUCGUUGGACCGCCAGAUACGAAUGGAGAGAUUUAACCAUGAUUGAGAAAAAUGCCAUCGCCAUUUUUUGGAAGGAGGUAGGCAAAGAGAUGGAAAUCUCGUACGACUGCCUGUUCCCCUACAUGGGCCAAAAGAACGACCCAAUUGCUUGGCUCGAAGCUCUUGAUAUAUGGAGCACAAAGUAUCAAGAGCAUAACAUGGUCUACGCGGUUUCGAACGAAAAGCUAGCUCAUGCGAAUGUAUAUCUUUUACUUCUUGACGCUCCUAAAUGGGCGCACAGCUUCGUCUUUGCUGGAGUGCGGUGCUUUAUGGCGCCACAGUUGCGGCGUGCUAUGGGAUACGAGGAUCCGAGCAAAUUUGAGCUAUUCAUCUUCGACAAAAUAAUGAAUGCUCGACGUUGGAUCCUUAGGCACAUGUGUUUGCCAAGGCCAAAAUGGUGGACAAACCCAACACUUGAAGACAUCGAUAAGCAAACAGGACGAUAUUUUCUCCGUACCUACCUGGCGCAUCCAUUUUAUGUCAGACCAACAUUCUAUUCACGAUGGAGUCCCGGGGCCAUGUACAGCCGACUGAUUGGUGGGGCGUUGCCUGGUGACGAGGGCACCAAAUAUUGCCCAAACGGCUACGUGAUUCCCGAGGUUGGUCCUGAUACUCAGCGUGGAAAGGGAAAAGAGCACAUGGAUAUUACGCGGGAAAGAAUUGGCAAGGCCAGAGGUUGCCCCAUGGCCUUUGGGGUAUAG